UACCAAAGAGGUUUUGUUUUUAAUACAGGAUCUCACAUAUCCCAGGCUGGCCUUGAACCCAUAAUGUAGCUAAGGAUGACCUUGAAUUUAUGUUCCUCACGCUUCCACUGCCUGAUGCCUAGGAUUAUAGGCUUUUGCUAUCGUACCUGGUUUAUAUGGCUCUGGGAAUCAAGCCUAGGCAAGCGCUCUACCAAUGGUGCUACAUCCUCAGCCUGACUCCCUCGAGUUGCAAGCACAGGAACGGUUUUCUCUGAAGCCAGCCCUGUGCUAAUUGUUUUACAUGUGUUUGCUCCGUUAGCUUCCUAACUACCCCCUUUCCAUAUCCCUGCUUUUAGUUCACUCUCUUUUUCUGUAGGUGAAGAAGCCUAGGCUGGGAGAGAUGUGAUUUCUCCAAGGUUAUAUAACCAGGAGCCACUUUACUAGCUCUGGCUAUGGUGCUGUUUGUGGUUUUGUGGUGCUGGAGUGAGUGGAGGAGCUGAGGCUCAGAGAAGGGGAUUCUGGCUGGGACUCUCACUUUAUAAGUCUCCACGUUCCUACCGUCACUUUGGACGUCCACAAUCAACACACCGUGACUAUCAGUUCCAGGAGGAUAGGGACCACAGAGGUGUGACACCUAUUGAAUGCACAGAACAAUGUCUAGUAGAGCAGAGGCACCGAAGACCAUGGAGUUCCCAUGCAGGGAUGGAUACCCGCAUUGUGCCUGUUGAGAUGGUGAACAAAGUGAGGACGUAUCUGAACCUUGCCAGGUGGGAGUAAGUGUCCUGGUGUCACCAAUUCAUAAUCCCCUGAUUAAGGGAGCUCGUACAGACCUCGUGGCAGUGGGAUUAUAGAACAGCAUGCAUGAUAAGGUCACUUUCCCUGCACUGCCUCCUUCCAGCUCACAAAUUGGCUCCCUGGGAUUUAUUUUCGCUAUCAUGAUAGUUUGCUAUUUCCCCCAAAGCUAAGAGGAAUGGGCACCAGUUCCAUCGGCCAUGCUACUACAAAGCACAGGGAGGCGCAGGGAGUGAGUCCGCAGACCUCAGAGAAACGGCUCGGUCUCAGCCCAGACACUCAUCCUAGGGUCAGAGUAGUAAUGAUGAGGAAGAAGAAGGAAUGAGGAUGCCCUGGCGGCACAGAGCCUUCUGCACCCGUUCAAGAUACUGUCCAUUUACCUGCUAAUUAAAGAGCUGUGCGGGAGGAUGGGCAAGAUAGCAGCCAUCCCAGCCCCUUGGUUGUGUCUGUAAGAUGAAGGCCAGGGGGAGGGAGGAAAGGAGUUACUCAGCAAGGAGGAGCACCUACCCUGUGUUUGCCCUUGGGCUGAUAAAGGAGUUGUGCUCCCAGGUGGAAAGAGCUUUAACUGAGAUGGAUUCCGAGCAUUGUGGGAGCUGACUUUGCAUACAUCAGCGCAAUCAAUGCCUGCAAUAACACCGAUGACAGCAUCUUUGGCCCAACAUUACAGAUAAGGAAAUUCAAGGGAGAAAGUUCUCCGAGGUUUGCCCAAGGUCGCGAAGGUAAUAAAGCACAGAAAUUUGAAGUUGCAGAUCAGCUCCGUGCUCUGACACCUUCCUUACAUGCAAGUCCCGUGAAUCUCUGUGACCAUGAAUCACUCUUCUCAGACUAUACCCAACGCAAGAUAAACACCCGUCUCUCUCCUGUCAUCGGCUGGUUUCGGUGCUUUCUCUUCUCUUUCCUCUCUCUUAUCUCCCUGCACUUCCAUCAAUAUUGUCAGUGUUAUCUACCAGUCCUAGAGGAAACUGUUUCCCUUUUCUCUGCUGAUAUCAUCCAUUCCUACUGACAUUUGCAGAAGAGGCAGGCUGUGGUCCUGCAGCACCAAUGAUAGCGCUGGUUGUUAAUGUCCUUGCUGCCAGGAGUCUUCACACUGGGAUGAGUUCCUCAUGGCACCCAGCAUCAAAUAGCUUUGAGCCCCUGGGUCCAAGCUGAGAACACUGGAGGUCCCCCAAAACCCUCCGCACGGGGAUCUCUUUCAAUGAUAUUCUAUUUACUAAGCCUCUACUCUGUCUUUAUAGCAUAAACUGUCAGCUUGCCAGUCAGGGAUUUUGAGUUAUUAACCUCUGAGUUCUCAUCUCAAACCCUAUAAAGAAAAUAUUCCCAUUCGUGGAAGAAAUGUGGUCCUUGACUGAUCCCAGCAGGAAUGAUGGGCCAAUCCGACAUCUCUGAACCACGCAUCUGGGAGACUCUACACUAGAGAGAUUGUAAAUGAAAGCUCUGGGAUGGAGCUCUCCAUGUCCAAAGCCUAACUCUCCAUGUUGGUGCCCCUCUCAUCCUGAGGAUAGCUGCUUCCUGGCAUCUCGACAUCUUUUCUGUUCUACCAGGAAGAGGACGGCAGUGGUGGUGAAAUCUCCUUGACUAGCUGGUAGAAGGAGAGAGUGAAUAAAACAUAGAACUGCUUAAAACAGACCCAGUCCAAAAAAAAAAAAAAAAACCAGCUAUAGAUAAGUCUGUAUGUCCCAUGGGAAAUGCAUCUCAAGUUAAAUUAAUCUCUAUCACCUUCUAAGGAGACAUUUCAGCGAAUUAGAGGGAAGGAGAGAGGCUCCAAAUAACUAUGGAAUAGAAAAGGGGUUUUAAAAAAUUGCAAUAAAAAGAGGGAGGAGGAAGUCACCAGUAAUGCUCUGCCCUUCUGUGUCAUAUGCUUCAUUGGAUGCAUAGGACACGAAGUGUGUAGCUUGCAUUUAAAAAUGUUGUGUCCUGAACCUGAAAAACGAAUCCCACUGGCUCAUGGUUUGAAUAGCUAGCUCCGAGCUGAUGGCACUAUGUUGGGGUGUGGAGAUUAGAUAGAGACUUGGGAGGCUGGCCGGGUUGCGGGAGGCGGGGCGACUAGAGACAGCCUCUUGGAAUCAUAUGGUUGGUCCCUGGUCACUUCUUGUCCUACUUUAUUUCCUAGCCACUCAUGUUGUGAAUUCCUGGUGUCACUACUGUGAUGGACUCAACUUUCUGGAACCAUGGACCAAAAAAACAAUACCACCACCCCACCACCCCAAAAGACACACAACUUGUUUUCGUCAGAUAUUUUGGUCACAGCAACACAGAAAGUGACUAAGAAUCAAACAACGAACAAAAAUCCAGCUCAACAACGAGUACAUCUCAGCACCCAUAAGUUGUGCUAAGCACAAAAUGCAACACAAUUCAUUAUUCUUUCUGCUAUGUCUUUCCUGUUGCCUGAGUCCAGACUUCCAGAAACAUCUGAACUAGAAGGGUUAGCUCAAGAUGGUUAUCAACAGUGAAUAAUUAAAAGUGGCCUCGGUGCUGGAUGUGGUGCUGCUUUGAAGGUCGGAGCAGGUGGAUUGUGAGUUCAAGGUCAGCCCGAGCUUCAUAUCAAGUUCCAGGAUAGUCUGAACUACAAGGUGAGAUCUUGUCUCAGAGAACCCUGACUUAGGGUAUUGAUCAGUAGUCUGAGGUCUUAUUAAGCAUGUGCACAUGUUCGGUUAAUUUCCUGCACUAGGGUGAAAGUAGCUUUAGGAAGUGGGGGAGCGGAGUCUGCAAUUGCAGGAAAAUACUGUUUUAGCUCUGAAGAGGGCAGUAUGCAGCCAAGCCAAACAGGAACUCAUGCUUUCUGUUUCAUUCAUUCAAGGGCCUGAAGGCAGGACAGCCCCCAGGAGUCCCAGCAGCUUGACUUUCUGAGAGCUUAUUUCUUGAAAGACAAAACAACUUCACUCAUGAAAUAGGAUUCUUGAGGUUUGAGCACAGCUACACACCGCCUCUCCGAGGGACACACUGCAAACUGAUACGAAGGUGGUUAUGCAAGAUGGAUGGGAAAGUUCCCAUUCGUCCUUCCCCGAGUUCUCCCUCGCUCUGCUUUCUCUCAGAGCAACCUCUAUGAAGUUAAACAAUAGCAUAGCCUCCCAGAUGGUGUCCGAUGUUUGCAGAAGAAAGUGUUUCCUUUUUUCCUAAGACUGUGGGCACAGAGGCUUCUGCUGCCUUAAGCAAAAUAGUCUCCAAAAACAUCCUUUGCACAGAAAGAGUGCUGGGAGUGGGGAUCUUAGCUCCUGGGAUGCAUUUAUCAAACCAAUCACAGCAAUUAUAAUUAGAACACAAACUAACUGAACGCUAAGCAUGAAAUACAUUUGCAGAAAACCUGAACUGCAUGCAAUUAAGCCCUGUGUGGUGGCAUUUCGAGGUAUGUCAUUAAUACACGGGGCGGGGGGUUUGGACAGAUUCUCCUCUUAAAUACCUGGUUCUGGUUGCAGUAAAGACUUCAACUAGAGUUGACAAGGAUGCAUAGCACGGACUGCUACAUGCAGAGCUGUAAGACAGAUGUCAAAGGGUCACCCAACUGGCUACUUAAGACAUCAUUUUUGAUGCCCUGUGAAAUAUGUUUCACUGGGCAUCAAUUCAACGCAGGUCUGUGUUAAGGGGAGAGCUUCAGGGAAAAUAGAACUUUAAUUCUUCGCCUCCGUUUUGGGAAUGAAUUAAACUGCAGUGUUAGAAAUCUUCCCAUGGCAUCUCAUUACUCAGAGAAAAAGAAUAUUUUUUAAAAAUAUUUUAUCUAUUUAUUCACUUAUUACGUGCUACAGGGUUUGUGCUACAGGGUUGCCACACGUGCCACCGGCACCUGUGAAGAUUAGCAGACAGCUUGCUGGAGUUGGUUCUCUCCUUCCAUCAUGUGGGUUCCAGACAUGGAAAUCAGGUUGUCAGGCUUGGUGGCAAACAUCUUUACCCACUGAACCAUCUUUGCAGCCCAGACAGGCCAUUCCUAUUAGUCUCCUCUCCAGGCUGUGGACCAUCUUGACACUCCUAAUGCUUGUCUUUUGUUUUACCUUGACUUGCAAGGUCUUUCUUUUGCCAGACGAGGACUCUUUGAAGUCAGAGAUUUUAACUCUUUAUCCUGGGUCUCCAGCAUCAGGCAUACACUGCUUGGUUAAGCAACAUAACAGGUGCUUGGAAAAUGUCAAAUGAAGAAUGACCAAGCACACAGGUAAACAAGUAAGCAGGGAACAAGCUACCCCUCCUCAGCUAGCUCAAAGCCACUCCAGACAAUCCUUCUUUCUCCUUUAUUUCUCCCAUGUCAGAGUCAGCCAUUUCAUCCCUGUGAUGGCAACGGAGGGCAGUCUUAGGGAAAACAGCUUUUCAGAGAACACCUCUGGAGAGGCAAUUCAGGAUUAAAGAGAUGCACAUGACAAGUCGUGGUGACUAUAGAUCUUCUUAGAAUACUUGCUUUGAAUAGAAGCCCUGAAUUUUUCCUGCGAUCCUGUUAAGAAGAGUGGGUGUCCAAUGACAGACUUCAGACCAUGUCUUCUGGCAUCUUUCCAUAUUAAAACAAAAAUUUUUUUAGAAGAAAAGGCUGGAUAUAGAGUUGCCAUGUAACCUUUGCCCAGUUCCCCCAGCGUGGCAGGACAUUACUGUUGGUACAACUGACAUUCUUACUUCAGACUUAAUUUUUAAUGCACCUGUGUGUGUUUACAUCUUUAACAUUUCUGGUAACAGCUCCUUGCUUUCCUCUACUCUGGAGACCACCCGAGGAAGGGGCCCAGGCUGAUCUAUCCCAGCCCAGGACUUGGCUCCUGCUGGCACCCGUGUGACUUAUAUUCUUCUCUUGUACAGUGCAGGUGACCGAUAAUCGUCCACGUACGCACUUAAACUUGUCAGCACGUGUGCAAGCGGCAGGAACAACAUUUUAAGGCAGAAAAGUGAAGCAUGAAGCAUCUACUAUUUUAGAGGCCAAAAGUUGGCCAUUUUCCCCAAUUGUGAAUUGGCAAACAGGCUAAUUGCUCCAAAGAGACCCUGGAACCGAGCUGUGAUCGCCGGAAAGCGCAGUUUUUAGGACCCCAUCUCUUCACCCCUAGGCUGAGGAAGUGGGAAGGCUCUUGCUGCUACCCCCACUUUCACCCCUUUCUUCCCUGGGGCCGGACUGUUUCACCCCGUCUCCAGGCAACAGCCAGGCGCGCCAGGCGGGACGUCAUUUCCUGAAGAGCCCGCGGGGGGACGGGGCGGGGAGGGGGAAGGGCGAGGGGGCGGGGCCAAGUCCCGGCUGGCGACGGCGGCGGCGUCGGAACUCGCUGGAAGACUCGGCCCAGAGCCUCUCAACAGUUCGCAAAGUCCCAGCUCCCGGCCGCGUGGCUCCGUGUGCGCCCGGGCGGCGUUGGGGCGCGGGGGGCCCGGGCUGCUGCAUGGUGGGCGGCCCGGGACAUGCCCCGCACCCCCCGCCGGACGCCCGCUUGGCUCCUCUGGCUGCGACUGCUCCGGACUCUGAGACUAGAUUGACCGGCGCCCUAACUUCCUUCUGACUUUGGGGUCCCCCAGCCCUAGAGGAACGGGCAGCUCGGCUGGGGGAGCCCCGGACAUGGUGUGACGGGGCGGGCGGCGUGGCUGCGCCCCCCACUGCGGCCACGCGCGGUCCCCGCGCCUUCCGGCAUGUAGCUGCUGUUCCCGCUCCCCCCGGCCUCCAGCCGCAGUCUCCACGACCUCCGGCCUCCAGGCACCAACUCUUUGUCCCCCAGGAUCCUGCCGCGGUCCUCAGGAUUGCAGCCGCCGUCUCUUCGUCCUCCGAAUUCCAGUUUCACCUGCCUUCGCGCCCCUGGGACACCAGCCGCGGUCCCUGCCACCUCCCCAGGAUCUAGCCACCGCUCCAGCUCACCCGUACCUCCCCAACCCACCCCGCAGCCGUCGUCUCCAGGCCAGUCUAGACUGCAGCCGCCGUCUCCGCGUCUACCCCAAACCCAGACUCCAGCCGUGACCUCCGCGCCCCGGGGAAUCCAGCUGUCGCGCCGCUGGCCGCAGGUGCAGCAGCCGCCCCGCGCCGCGCGCCCCGAGUGCGGCCGGGCCUCGGCGGGGAGAUGAACGCACAGCUGGACGGCCUGUCGGUGAGCUCGUCCUCCACCGGCUCGCUGGGCUCGGCGGCGGCGGCGGCGGGCGGCGGCGGGGGCGCGGGGCUGCGGCUGCUGUCUGCCAACGUGCGCCAGCUGCACCAGGCGCUCACGGCGCUGCUGAGCGAGCCCGAGCGGGAGCAGUUCACUCACUGCCUCAACGCGUACCACGCGCGCCGCAACGUCUUCGACCUGGUGCGCACCCUGCGCGUCCUGCUGGACAGCCCGGUCAAGCGGCGUCUGCUGCCCAUGCUGCGUCUGGUCAUCCCGCGCUCCGACCAGCUGCUCUUCGACCAGUACACGGCCGAGGGCCUCUACCUGCCCGCCACCACCCCCUAUAGGCAGCCCGCCUGGGCCGCUCCCGACGGCGCGGGGCCCGGGGAGGUGCGGCUCGUGAGCCUGCGACGCGCCAAGGCCCACGAGGGCUUGGGCUUCAGCAUCCGCGGGGGCUCGGAGCACGGCGUGGGCAUCUACGUGUCUCUAGUGGAGCCAGGCUCCCUGGCAGAGAAGGAAGGGUUACGGGUCGGGGACCAGAUUCUGCGCGUCAACGAUAAAUCUCUAGCCCGGGUGACCCACGCGGAGGCUGUCAAGGCUCUCAAGGGCUCCAAGAAGUUGGUGCUGUCUGUAUACUCAGCUGGGCGUAUACCCGGGGGCUAUGUCACCAACCACAUCUACACCUGGGUGGACCCCCAGGGUCGAAGCACAUCCCCUCCCUCCAGCCUUCCCCAUGGCAGCACCCUGAGACAGCAUGAAGAUGAUCGAAGGAGUGCCCUACACCUCCUGCAGAGUGGAGAUGAGAAAAAGGUGAACCUGGUGCUGGGGGACGGCCGGUCCUUGGGCCUCACAAUCCGAGGUGGAGCCGAGUACGGCCUUGGCAUUUACAUCACUGGUGUGGACCCGGGCUCUGAAGCCGAAAGCAGCGGCCUCAAGGUUGGGGACCAGAUUCUGGAGGUGAACGGGCGGAGCUUUCUCAGCAUCCUGCAUGACGAGGCAGUGAAGCUGCUCAAGUCAUCCCGGCACCUCAUCCUGACCGUGAAGGACGUCGGGAGGCUGCCCCACGCACGUACCACCGUGGACCAGACCAAGUGGAUCGCCAGUUCCCGGAUCGGGGAAAGCAUCACCAACUCAGCAGGGUUUCCAGGGGACCUCACAGAAGAAGGGACAAACAAGCCAGGAUUUUACAAGGGCCCAGCCGGCUCCCAAGUGACCCUGAGCAGCCUGGGGAAUCAGACACGUGCACUGCUGGAUGACCAAGCCCGGCACCUGCUGACAGAGCAGGAGCGUGCCACCAUGAUGUACUACCUAGACCAGUACCGUGGUGGCACCAUCUCUGUGGAGGCCCUGGUCAUGGCGCUGUUUGAGUUGCUCAACACACAUGCCAAGUUCUCACUCCUGUCUGAGGUGAGAGGCAUCAUCUCACCCCAAGACCUGGACCGCUUCGACCACCUGGUGCUGAGGCGCGAGAUCGAGUCCAUGAAGGCGCGGCAGCCCCCAGGCCCUGGUGUCGGAGACACCUAUUCCAUGGUAUCCUACAGUGACACCGGCUCAUCCACAGGCAGCCAUGGCACCUCUACAACCGUCAGCUCAGCCAGGGAGCGGCUGCUGUGGCUCAUAGACCUGAUGGAGAAUACAUUAGACCUGGAGGGAACCGGUGAGACUACCCAAGGCAGCACCAACGCUCUCCCAGAUGUGUCUGUGGACGAUGUCAGAUCUCCCUCGGAGGAUCUGCCUGGCAUCAAGCCACCUCCUCCCCCACCACCUCUGGCUCAAGGUCACGACCGCCUGCUUGGCCAGACUCGGAAGCCAGUGAGGGAGGACUCUGCACCUCUGUCUUCCGCUGCCCACUCAGGCAUUGUCUUCUCAGCACCACGGAAUCGCAGCCCGCCGCCGCCGCCGGGCAUUGCACCCACACCCACUCCAGGACCUUCCUCAGCACGGGACUCUCCCUCCUCCCCCAUUUACGCCUCCAUCUCCCAUGCCAACCCCAGCUCCAGGAAGCCGCUGGACACCCACCUGGCCCUGGUUAACCAGCACCCCAUCGGCCCCUUCCCUCGGGUCCAGUCCCCACCACACCUGAAGAGUCCUCCUGCAGAGGCUCCAGGAGCUGGGGCCGGCCUUCCACCGCCAUCACCCUCUGAACACGCUGACGCCGUGGGCGCAAACCAGCACUUUGUCCUGGUGGAGGUGCACCGUCCGGAUAGUGAGCCGGAUGUGAACGAAGUGCGGGCUCUACCCCAGACUCGCACAGCCUCCACACUCUCUCAGCUCUCAGACAGCGGGCAGACUCUAAGUGAGGACAGUGGCGUGGAUGCUGGAGAGACAGAGGCCAGCACCUCAGGUCGAGGCAGACAGACAGCAAACACUAAGAACAAGAAUGGCAAGGAGCUUCCCCAGACGGAGAGGACCACAGAGGGUGCCAACAAACCUCCUGGCCUGCUGGAGCCAACGUCCACCCUGAUCCGUGUGAGGAAAAGCGCAGCCACACUGGGCAUCGCCAUUGAGGGUGGUGCCAACACACGCCAGCCUCUGCCCAGGAUCGUCACAAUUCAGAUUUGCCUUCCCAGACGUGACACAGAGCCCAGAGACCGCCAUGGACAAGCUCCCUUGCAUGCUCCAACUUUGCCAGGACUGUGGACUCGAGACUGGCAGCAUCCAGCCAGGUACCCACGUGACCCGUGUUUGUGUCUCCCUGUGCAGCGAGGAGGUUCUGCCCAUAACUGUGGGCAGCUCAAGGUGGGCCACGUGAUUCUGGAAGUGAACGGGCAGACACUUCGGGGUAAGGAGCACAGAGAGGCUGCCCGAGUCAUCGCUGAGGCCUUCAAGACCAAGGAGAGAGACUACAUCGACUUUCUGGUCACUGAGUUCAACGUGAUGCUCUAGGGGUGGGGCCGAGGUCAGGGCUAUCAGCCAGGGUCACAGGCAGAGUCCCCACCCCACCCUGACACAUACACCCUGCCUGGUCCCCUGGCCCAGACUAGGAGAAAAAGCGCCAGACAAGGCAAGCAGAAAGUCAGGUCAAAACCUGUGUGCCAGAAACACAGUAGGAGCUCAGUAAAAUGACAUUAGGUGACAGGAAGGAAGGCAGAGCACAUUUCUCUAGGCUGGAUAGGGGUGCUGCUGCCCCAGAUGCCUAGGUCUUUGGCUGUGAGGACACAGGAGAGUUCAUAGAUUGCUUCCUGCCAGGGGGACCUUCAGUGCCACAAAUGAGCCGCCAGCACGCCUGUUCACACCAGUCGCACCCCCUUCCUCUUGGCUCCGUGCCCACUAUGGUAUUUAUUUAUUUAUUUCCCUUCCUGUGCUUCAGGAGACCCCAGGCCCCAGCUUCCCUUUGCACCCCCAACCUAUCCCAGAGGCCUUGCAGGCGACCAGCAAUGUCAGUGUAUUUAUAUACAGAGCUUAUGACUUUAAUUUUUCAAUAAAGAAAUCUGAACAAGGUUA